UCUAUCUUUGACUUCCUCAUCACAUUCUCUCUUCUUCUCUAUCCAAAAAGGCAAAAACCAAACGCUUAAAUAAAGCAAAUCCCCAUUCUGCCUCCCUACUCGCCACUUCUUUUGCAUGUUCUCUCUCUCUCUCUCCCCUCUCUCUCUCCCCUCUCUCUCUAACUUCACCAUCUUCUCUUCUUUAUCUUAACCCCAAACCAACCAGAAGUUAAGCAUCGGAAAAAUACUCAGUCUUUGAUGGCGGUUGAAGCUAGACAUCUCAAUCUUUUUCCUCCCCAGCAACUCGUUCCUAACAGAGAGUUGGUGAAUACUAUGGCGCAGGGGAAUGGGUUUGGAUUUGAUAAUAAUGGGUAUCAGAUGGGAUCGGCGGUGUUGCCCCUCGCCGGCGCAUUGCCGGAGAGUGUGUUUCCGUUGCACCCGUCUUUGGUUUGCGACUCGGUUCCGGCCAAGACGUCGAUGAACACCGACAGUGGCCUCACGUAUAAUCUCCAACAGGCUCCCUGUAGAAAGCGACCCAGAGAUUCAUUCAAUCACUUCAUUGCUUCUCCCCCUCAGAAAAGCGCUCAAAUCCCAUCUUUCUUCGGAGAUGAUGUUCUUCCUAUUAUUCAGCAGUAUCAAAUAGAAAUCGAUCGAAUCGUCUCCCACCAUACGAAAAAGAUGAAAAUGGAAUUUGAAGAGAGGCAAAAGCAACAAGGGAGGAUUUUGGUGGCGGCGAUCGGAGAAAGGGUGAUGAAGAAACUCAAGGAAAAAGACGAUCAGAUUGAGAGAAUGGGGAAACUGAAUUUAGCCCUCCAAGAAAGGGUGAAAAGCCUCUACGUAGAGAAUCAGCUAUGGAGAGACUUAGCGCAGAGCAACGAAGCCACCGCCAAUUCUCUCCGCUGCAACUUGGAACAAGUCCUGGCCCACGUCGGCGACGACCACAUCUCCGGCGGCCUCGUCGGCCGCGGCGCGGCGGAGGAAGACGCCGAGUCCUGCUGCGGCAGCAAUCACGUGGAUGAGCAAGAGGAGGCGGAGGAGAAGUUUCCCCCGGAAGUUGGGACUCCCCCGCCGGCGCCGGAAAACGCCGGCGUGAGGAGGAUGUGCCGGCGGUGUGGGGAACGAGAGUCCACCGUGCUGCUGUUGCCAUGUAGGCAUCUGUGUCUCUGCUCGGCUUGUGGGUCCACCAUGUUCCACAACUGCCCCGUCUGCAACUCUAACAUGAAUGCCACUGUGCAUGUUAACAUGUCUUCUUGAUAUUUCAUCAAACAAUAGAAAAAAUAGCAGCAGAAGAGAAAAAAAAAAUAGUAUAAAUCCCUUUUAACAGUAGUGAAAGUCAAUUGUUCAUUCUUUCCAUGUAUUUUCUUUCCUUCUCAAUCUGCUCUUUAGCACAUAACAGUAAAAUCCAUCCUUAUUUUCAAAGUA